AUGGCAACAUCGGAAGCAGCCGGGCUGAAGGCCGUCUCUUCCAUUAGAUACAGAAUCGCGACAGCAUCAGGAGAUGAGCGCCAAUUGAGUGAGGUUCUCCGGACUCAACUGGUGCCUUUGCUGGACAAGGCUGGCAGCCCGCACAAGGCCGUUCGCGACGAGGCCUUCAAAGCAUAUAUUAGCGUUACUAAAUUCAUUCAGCUACCGAGCGUCAUCCUGCCCGUUGCUAGCUUACUCAAACAGUAUAAGACGAGUAGCUCACCGGUUGUGAAACAACUAGACCUGGGCCUGGUGAAGAAGGGUAUCUUCCGCUUAGAUCAAUACGGACGUCGCGAAUUGCUACCGGUGGUCGCCCAGUCCAUUUCGAAGGAGACGAAUCCAUCAAGUGCCUCUGGUAUCUUCAUUAUUUUCCUCCGUCUACUCCUGGAGAUCCAGCUUCCAUCUAGGGGUAGCAAAGAUGAUAUAUCCCUCCGAGAGACCCUCGGCUUGAUCGAUUCGUCUGACGCCAAGUAUAUAGCUGAGUGGCUCGGGAAAUUCCUUCUUCUCAGGCAGGAUCUCGCUUUUGCAGCGGCUGGAGACCUCGAUGCAGCUCUCGCGACGACCCCAUCUGGUCUAACUAAGGCGGAAGUCGAGUUUCUAAGAAGUAACGAUCCAAAGACGUGGAAACCCAGCGAGACGGGCAACCUGAGCCUACCGGAAUGCAAACUCAAAGCAGUCAGCUUUCUGUCGAGUGGUGCUUUUACCGACAACGAACGCUUCUUGCCAACUGUGAGUGCUUCUGGCUCCGCAGACUCCAGGAUUUCUUCCGUUGCAGAGGAUACCCUUAAGCGCUCCAAUGUGAACCUCGAGGAUUACAACAUUGUACGCUCUCUAUUUGAGGCUCACAACAAACUUCCCGCAUCACAUCGGAUUCAGAUACUCAAGCUUCUUUCCAAGUCGGCUGCAUCGUGUGCUUCAGGAUCCGAAGUAGUGGAAACCAUCCGCGUCGAUUUUGAACUUACGAGCGGCGAAAACCCUACAGUCAACGGCCUCGAAGCUGUGAGGCUUCACAAAGCUCUUCUUGGCUUCCUAGCAUGGAUAGCCAGAAACAAAACGGGCUCUCAAAUCGAAGAUCACGACACGGGACCAAAACUCGUUCUGCUACUCAAAGAUUACGUCCUGAAGCAGGGUUGGCCGGACCCAGUUGCAAGCGCAAACCAGUCCCAAUAUCAAGAUGAGCAACGGCUGCGUGCAAACGCGUAUGAGACUAUCGGUGCCCUGGCAAGGGGCAGCCGGUUUGAACAAAAAGCGAAGGACUCACUCCUGAAAUGGUUGUUCGAUUCUCUAGUAUCUGACCCAAGCCCAGAUAUCGUCGUGUAUAUCGAAAGCGCUCUUUCUAGCAUGAUGGGCCUUUUUAAGUACACAACAGAGGUUGACCAUCGAGAUCUCGAAAUUCUUCUCCUCGACUAUAUGACACUGUCAGACAGGCAAGGAAUACGAACAGCCAAGCAUGUCGCAACCCGCUUUGCCAACAACUGCUUGCCUUAUAGCAACAUCAAAGCGCGAUGGAUCGAUAUGCUGGCGCUCAGUGGGGGUUCUUCUGGACGACGCGAUGUUUUCGAAGAGGGCCAAAGGGGCCUUGAUCCCUGGUGGGCUUCCAAACUCCGACCGGAUGAAGACCUAUUAUUGCCGGACUGGACGAAAUUGACGCAGAUGCUUUUCGACUCCGAACCGAGGUAUGUAGGGAGCGACGAGAUGGCUGUUGACCAGACAUCAGCUUACCCGUUAUUUCCCAAUGAGCGCCUGCAAGCCUUCCCAAUUGCAAUCAAAUAUGUUACUCAAAUUCUCCUCCUUGGUGCAUUGAACGAAGGAAAGGUGGAUAUCGACUGGGAAUCGCAGCUAGAAAGCCGUUUUCAGAACGAUCUCAAAACUCGCAGUCUGGCUAGAGCAUACAUGACCACCGCCGAUCACGAUUCGUUGCUCAAUUUAUUGAACGCAGCAUUUGACGGCAUUCGAGAUCAUGCAGAUAUUGGGGCUGAGGAAUGUGUCCGUUGUCUCGCUGACCUAUUGUCGUUCGCUCCAAGUGAGACCGUCGUCAGCAGGCUUUCUGGAAGAGCACAAGAGCUCCUUGCCAUGGCCAAGUCGAACAACCAUAAAAUCAGACAAUUGGCUUCCAAGGCUUUUGGUAUCCUCGCACCAUGGAGCGAUCAAGCCACAAACCUCGUUUCCCAGCUGCGAGGGUAUCUCAGUUCGUGCAAACAACCAUCGGCAGCCCAAUCUGCCGAGUAUCAGGGAUCGCUGGCCUUUCUGUGCAGCUACUUCUGCCACGCAGCCUUUUACGGCAAAAUUCGCCCGGCGGACGCUUCAGAUCAUACAGACUUUCUCUAUGAACUCUUCGCAUCAUCUCUAGCAUUAGCAGACGCCAAUAUCCGCGACGUGGCCAUUGAGGCUGUUUCUCAGCUCUGGACUGCCAACAUGGGAUUUCCUGCGGUGGUUCAAAAGUUCAAGGAGACGACGGAUACUCUUGAGAUGCUUGCCAAAUCAAACAAUGAAAAGGCUAUCUCUGCUCUUGGGCGGUUGGCCGUUCCUUCCCUCGCCAAAACAGAUGCAGUGAGCAGUGUCUUGGAAAUACUAUUUGGACUCUCUGAGAUAAAGCGAGUCGAGGUUCAUUUCGCCACUGGCGAAGCAAUCGCCGCCGUCAUAGCUCGUUGGGACUCUGAGGCGGUAAAACUGGGCUUCGACGUGGAGCCGCUGGGCACAGCCGAAGAAGACAUGGUCAAGACUCUGUGCAGACGACCUGACCGCAUAACGGAAAGCCUUGAGAAGCUGAUCAAUGACUGCAAGACCACCAGGCCAUCGUUACUGAAAGCAAGUGGUAUUUGGCUCUUCUGUAUCAUCCAGUAUUGUUCUCAUCUCAAAGAAGUCCAAUCCCGGCUUCGGGAAUGCCAGGUUGCCUUUAUGCGACUCCUGACGGCUAGGGACGAACUUGUCCAGGAAACAGCUUCCAGAGGUCUGGCGUUGGUCUAUGAAAGAGGUGAUGCUACGCUGAAAGGUGAACUUGUCAAAGACCUGAUAGCCACCUUCACGGGGACCAAGACCCAGUUGAAGGUCGACCAGGAUACUGAAUUGUUCGACGAAGGAGCUCUGCCCACCGGAGAAGGCAAGUCUGUGACGUCGUAUAAAGACAUUAUCAGCCUCGCCAACGAGGUCGGAGAUCAGUCUCUCAUCUACAAGUUUAUGGCAUUGGCGACAAAUGCAGCUACGUGGACUGCACGCUCUGCAUUUGGGAGAUUUGGCCUGAGCAACAUUCUUUCUGACGCGGAACUGGAUCCCAAGAUCUAUCCAAAGCUAUAUCGUUACCGGUUUGAUCCGAAUUCCAAUGUGAGAAGAUCAAUGGACGAUAUCUGGAAGGCUGUAGUGAAGGAUCAAACAAUAGUGAUUGAUACUUAUUUCGAUGCCAUCAUGGAUGACCUCCUCAAGAGUAUCUUGGACGGCAGGGAGUGGAGAGUUCGCGAAGCCAGCUGUGCAGCGAUCGCAGAACUGAUAUACGGCCAACCGUUUCCUAAAUACGAAAACUACUACGCGGAGAUCUGGAGAGUGGCCCUGAAAGUUCUUGACGAUCAGAAAGGGUCGGUCAGGGCAGCUGCACUUAAAAUGUGCAUGGGUCUUUCUAAGACCCUCGUGACACAACUCCAGGAAAAUAACAACACUUCGUCGGCCAAAUCUAUGAUCGCGCAGGUCUUACCAUUCCUACUUUCCGACAAGGGUAUUGAAAACUCAGUCAAGGAAGUCAAAUACCUGUCGAUCAGUACUGUCCUUGAUGUGGUAAAAAAUGGAGGAGAGACACUGAAGCCCUUCAUCCCCACCAUAGUGAUACACUGCCUAGGCUUGCUUGGCACAAUUGAGCCCGAGGGAAUCAACUAUUAUUACCAACGAGUCGGCGAGGAAGACCGGGAACAACUCGACAAACUGAGAAGCAGUGCGGCCACUCGAUCGCCAAUGUUUGAGUGUAUUGGCAACUGCCUUCGUUUUGCGGAUGAAGACGUCAUGAAAGAUUUGGCUCCUGAGCUUGCACAGACUGUCAAAUCAGCCAUUGGCAUGCAAACAAAAGUCGGAUGUGGAGAGGUUCUCUCCACUCUGGCGCUGCGGCAUAGUAUUCUUCUUCCGCCGUACAAUGCCAUGUUCCUCAAAAUCAUGGAGACUCAGAUACUGGAUCGAAACCACGAGGUCAGCAAGGCCUAUACCAGAAGUUGUGCCUACCUUCUGAGAACGGCUGCGGCCGAAACUCUUGACCAGUUUGCUUCAAAGCUCGUGGAUCUCUACCUUGCAGCCGAGGAUGAGAUACGGCGCCAAAAGAUUGCAGAUGCAGUUUUAGCCAUCGCUAAGGUAUCACCCGAUACUUUUACUGACCUCGAGUCGCGACUUCUGCCGUUUGUCUACAUGGCCAAGCACGAUACGGACGACUAUGUCUCAGAAGAGUUUACGGAGGCUUGGAAUCAGCAUGCCGGUGGAAGCCACACCGUUGUCAGGUUUGUUGACGAAAUAACAGAAUGCGUGUCUAUGGCAUUAGGCACAUCCAAGUGGGCUCUGCUGCACGGUGCGGCGCAAACUAUCACCUCUAUGAUCACCCAGAUGAGCAGUGCGGUGGGAAAGGAUGGCCAGUUCAGCGGCACCAGUUUGCAGAAAAUCUGGCCGGUCCUGGAAAAGGCACUGGCGUUGAAGACAUUUAAGGGCAAAGAAAAGCUUGUCGUCGCGUUUCCCAUCUUUAUUCGGCAUAGUAAGAAAUUUUGGGGCACCGACGCAGCAGUUGCGGCACAAAUGAAGAAGAUAGCAAUUCGCGAGGCGAAACGCAACAACGACGAAUAUCGGCCUCAUGCCAUCGAAGCGCUAGCCCAGUUCGCCGCGGAGCGAGAUGAUCUGGACAUGUUUGGCGAGGUAAAGGGCGUCGUCGUAGAUUACCUGAAUCCAGACUCGCCCGAUAAGUUGACGGAGCUUCAGCGCAAUACGACAGCUGCGGCUUUGAAGGCUGCUAUGACGGCAUACAAUCGACCUAAUAUGCGACAAGACCCAGUCUCUGUACUUGGCAAUAUCAUUGCCACAGUUGAAGGCGCACAAGAGGCAGCGUCCAUCGCCAGGGAUACGUGGUAUACAUCCAUCGUUGAAGUAAUGAAGACAGCAGAGGCGCCACCACCACCUCCAAAUUCAAAGGCCAUCACAAUAGCCUCAAAGUGGUUCACAGCGAUAGCUGUAUGGGAUGCAGAUGUCGUGAUGGUGGAGAGCCAACGACUGAGCCAAGCUAAGGCAAUCAAUGCCUUUGUCGACAAAUGCAAUCAAGGGAUUUUCGGUCCCGCCGUCGGACAAGAGGCACUGCGCCAACAAAUGAAUGAGAGACUACUGGCGAUGGUGAAAGCGGAAAGAUCGCUUGACGUACAGAAAGUCCUGAAACAGGCAGUUCAGAAAUUGACUGACACUUGCUGA